UUUUUUAAGUGCGAAAUGGCGGGGCGGUUGUUUGGGAAAUCGGAGGUGCAGCUGAGAGGGUCAACUGGAGGUUUGGUGGAAUCUGAAAUGGGGAUAGGAUCAAACUGCAUGUCGUCUGGCGGAACUGAAGCUGAUCUCCGGAAUCUCGAGCGGUUGGUGAACCAUUGGAUUUUGGAGUUUAACUUCCAUUGUGCAGUCCAGGCUUUUCGAGAUGGCGAGUACGAGGAAUUUUGCGCCAUUCUAAAUGUGAUUACGGCUGUCCUUAAUCGACCGUACAUCGAUACAGAGGAGAUUGGAAAGAAACUGCUCACAAUACAAUUUCUAACCAAAUUUGGGAAAGAUACUUUUCCACUGGAAUCUGUUUUAUCAAUUCUGGACCAAAUGAAAACAGAGUUAUCACUGGAUGAGGGUUUGUUCCAAGAGACCAGAGGAGCUUUGGUGCAGCAGGCUGUGGUUGAAUCUAUUAAGAAUAACCGUUUUCAAGAAGCAUCUAAGAUUUUGGAGCAACCUUGCAGUAAGGAUACUAUUGACCAGAAGUUGCUUUCAAAAAUCAUUAAAGAGAAAAAUUCAUCUCAUCCAGAUCUAGACCUCUUAUCAUACAGCACUUUGAAAAGGAGAAUGUUGUGCUUUGCAGAAACACUGAUUGGCAACUCGGAGCCAUUUCUUCUUCUCAGUGCAAAGAAAUCUACUUCGAGCACUGCAGAGACCCAAAAUGAAGAAGUGAGAUUGGUCUCUAAUCAAGCAGCCUGUCAGAACUCGCAGCCUUCUGAUGGGAAUAAAUGCUCAUCAAGUGCAGAGGAGAAAUGUUUUAUAUGUUCAAGCAGAGUAGAAGCUCAGCCUGGCCUCCCUUGCAGUUUCACAGCCCUGCAAACUGCAUUCUGUGUCCUUCAUAAAUCAACAGUGGAUCCAGUGACAUUGUUUAAAAAAUUGGAUAGGUUGGAUUUUCAACUGUGUGAAAAUAGUGAAAUGCAAAACAGGAUAAGAAGCACGAAGGAGAAAACUAAGGCAAAGGAGAUUCAACAAUUCAAAAAGCCAAAUGCAAAUUGCAUACAGGCUGUUUCUCGGUUUAUUAUCGAUCCUGACAGUCAGGAUGAGGUGGAAUGUGUUGAUACCACACCUGAUGACAGAAGAGAUAUCAAAAAUAACAGAGAGUGUCCCAUUAAGCUACGCAAUGGAAAUAGCACUUUAAAAGAAAUUGCAAGUCAAAAAAACAGCCAGAAAGCCAAGAGGCAAAGGUACUUGGAGAAUCCUAAUAUAGUUGGGAAUAAGGAAGACUGGAGUGAUGAAGAGCUUCUUUUUGAUGUACCUCGAAAGCUUUCAGUUCCGAAUGGAAGAACCUCACCAACAGAGAGUACUUUUUCAUUAUCAAGCAAACGUCAGAAAUGGACAGUUGAAGAAAGUGAAUGGAUUAAACAGGGUGUACAAAAGUUUGGAGCAGGAAACUGGCUGAAGAUCCUGAAGCAUUAUCCAUUUUGUGACCGCACUAGCGUCAUGGUUAAAGAUCGGUGGAGAACAAUGCAAAGGCUUGGAAUGACUUGAAAAAAAAUUUGCUUUUUAAGGAGUUUUUCUAUUUACCAUACAUAAACUGUAAAAAGCAUUGUUUUUUAUUAUAUGGGAAAAGUAAACUUUUGUAUUUAUUAUAAGAACGAAAAGAAGUAGAAUCUCUGUUUGGUUGCCUCCUUAUUUCAUGUGAGCAUGGUUUGUUGAAGAUAUUGUGUGCUUAGUCUGAACAUUAAUGCAAAUAUUUUCAUCCGUAAACCUCUGCAAGAUCUUACAACAGUACCAAUUAAGAAAAAUAGAAGUUUUAGGUUCCUUUCAGUGAAAUAUACCAGGAUGUUUUAAUUUUGUGAACCAGAUCUGACUUGUCAUACUUAAUGUAAAUGUGCUGAGUACUCUUGAUGUUUCAAGAUUCAUCAUCAGAUAAUAAAUCAAUUUUGUUAUAAUUUUUAGAGUUGUGAUCUUCUGCAGUUCUGCAUUAAAAAAAAGACUUUUGUUCUUCCGGAAAUCUUAAUAAAACCCUCCACCAUAA